AUGGCAAAGUUUUGGAAGAUAGUAGGGCUGCUUAUUGUGUUCAUUGCAAUGUACAUUGCAUACACAUCGAGAGACACCUUUGAUCCAGAAAGCAUACGUGGGAAGCGAGUGGUUGUGACCGGUGCAAGUACCGGUAUUGGUGAACAAGUCGCCUACCAAUAUGCAAAACUGGGAGCUAAUAUAUUAAUCACCGCUCGGAGAGAGAAUCUACUCAAACAGGUAGUAAAGAAAUGUUUAGACUUGGGUGCCCAAUCCGCACAUUACAUUUCUCUGGACAUGCAAGUCAUUAACGAGACUGGUAAAUUGAUAACUGAAGCUGAGAAGACACUCGGUGGAUUAGAUUAUCUAGUUUUAAAUCACGCCCUCUACUACUGGGAAUUAUGGGAUGGCGAUAUCGAAAGACUUCAGGCACUAAUGAAUAUCAACUUUGUUUCCUAUGUGAAUCUAGCAACUAAAGCACUACCCAUGCUGUCAAAGUCUAAUGGUAGCAUCGCUGUGGUCUCAUCUGGUUCUGAAUUAGUCUUGAAAUGUGAGAAUCCUUUGGCAAGACAACAGAAUCCUUCAUCUGAACGAUCAAGUAGUCCAUUCUGCCAAAAUGGAUCUAAAUUGUAUAAUGGGCUCGAUCUCUAA